AUGGCUUUUCACAUUUUACGAGCCACAGCGGCAGUGAUUCUCGUCCUGGCCGGAAUCAUCGUUCUGUUUUUAAUGUACUAUAAAUCAUUUCCGUCUCCAAAUUGUCAUCUUCCCCCGGUUCAUUCAGGGCGACUGGCAAAGCAGGCCAACAUUCAUGCGACAAAUGAGACAGACAAGCCUAUAAUGCUGCUGUGGUUCUGGCCUGAAAACAAACGGUUUGACUUUCAGGACUGUAAGACGCUUUUCAAGAUUGACAGCUGCUACCUCACAGAUGAUAGAUCUCUAUACCCCAGAGCUCACGCGGUGUUGGUGUUUCACAGAGCAAUUCAGGACAAUCUCUCCAACCUUCCCACCUCGCCUAGAGCCAGAUUUCAGAGGUGGAUCUGGUUUAACAUGGACUCGCCUACCAGCACACGCAGGAUAGCGGGCGUUCAAGGCCUUUUUAAUUUAACCUUGAGCUACAGGAAGGAUGCAGAUAUCCACGUUCGCUGGAAACUGACUCUCAAGGAGAAAACAGAUCAAGAUAUUGUGCUGCCCAAGAAGGAACGACUGCUCUGUUGGAUUGUGGAGAGUAAUGACCUGCAAACAAACUCAGGGGAGAGAUACAACUACUACAGAGAGCUUGCAAAACACAUCAAGGUGGAUGUGUUUGACAGCUCCUCUGCUGAAAACUAUUUCCAGACGAUCAGCAGCUGCAAAUUCUACCUUUCCUUUGAGGAGUCAAUUCACAGAGAUUACAUCACAGAAACCUUCAAUGGGCCUCUUGCCGCUGGCACUGUGCCGAUAGUUUUGGGCCCACCGAGAGGGAACUAUGAGGAUUUUGCCCCAGGUACAUCCUUCAUUCAUGUAAAUGACUUUCCUGAUGCCGUAACGCUGGCUCAGUUCCUCCUAAGGCUGGAGAAAGAUAAUGAGGCUUACAUUAAAUACUUUAAUUGGCGGCGAAUCUAUACUGCCAGAUGUCAUCUUACAGAGGAGAAGCACAAGUUUGCACACGCUAUCUGCCAGGCCUGUCGACAUGUGGGCAAGUACAAGGAGUACAGAGUCGUACCGGAUCUGUACAAGUGGUUCUUUGCGUGA